ACUCCCUUGAAUGUACCAUACCCUGGGGUGAUAAAGGGAAAUCGGUCCAAUGAUGUAUUUCGGGCAAAAUAGCAGUGCUCAAUUUAGAGUGCCUUCUGCUAUCGUUCGUAGAAAACGUGCAGACAGAGGAAACAAGAAAGAUACCAGCAACUGCAUAAAAAUUGCAUUGCAAGUUUAAUAACUGUUAAAGAUUGAAUCUUUACAGAGAAAAAUUGCUAAAGAACUUGCUGUGAAAUAAUGGUCGAAGAAGCAAAACCUCCAAAAGGAAAAGAAGCGGAAUGCGUCAAUAAUUUAAUCCACGACUAUACAAUAAACCAGUAAUAAAAAAUUGAGGUACACAGUUGCUUUUUUGGAGGGGGAAAAAUGGGUUGAAUAAAAUAUAGAUUUUUAACGCUGGCCUAUGGACUACAUGGAAUACGAGAUUCUGUAAUUAGUUUGUUUUUAUCUCUCUUUCUUUUUCAGCCUUCCAUUUUUAACCAAAUCUCAAAAAAAAGAGCUGAAACCAGAAUAAUUCUUCCGAAGGUUGUGAUAAGCUUCUGCGAAACAAAUCAUCUCCACAACCCAAAAACAUUGCCUGAAACGCGUACCAUUGCUUUUACUUAUAACCCUUGAAUACACAGAGCAAAACAUAAAGAGUUGACUUGUUCGUAAACAUGGAGAACUAUUUGAAUGAAAACUUUGGAGGAGUGAAGCCCAAAAACUCAUCCGAAGAGGCUCUGAGAAGAUGGAGGAAGUUAUGUUCAGUAGUGAAAAACCCAAAAAGAAGAUUUCGGUUCACUGCAAAUUUGUCAAAGAGAUCCGAAGCAGAGGCUAUGAAAAGGACAAACCACGAGAAGAUAAAGGUGGCUCUUUUAGUUUCAAAGGCUGCGCUUCAGUUUAUUGAUGCUGGCCUUUCGGGUUCCACUGAUUAUGAAGUGCCAGAGGAAGUCAAAGCAUGUGGUUUUGGCAUCUCUGCUGAUGAACUAGCAUCCAUGGUAGAAGACCAUAGUCUCAAAAAGUUAAGAGCCCAUGGUGGAAUUGAAGGAAUUUCUGAGAAGCUUUCUACAUCAAUUACUGAUGGGAUCAAUGCUGAUGAAGAAAGCCUGAAGCACAGACAGAAUGUCUAUGGUCUUAACAGAUUUGUUGAGAAACCACUUCGAGGAUUUUGGGUAUAUGUAUGGGAGGCAUUACAAGACACGACUCUCAUGAUUCUUGCAGUCUGUGCAGCUGUGUCUUUGGCCGUUGGGAUUUCUACAGAGGGAUGGCCUAAAGGAGCCUAUGACGGUCUUGGCAUUGUUCUCAGCAUUCUUUUAGUUGUAUUUGUAACUGCAAUCAGUGAUUAUCGACAAUCUUUGCAGUUCAAGGAUUUAGAUAGGGAGAAGAAGAAGAUCUCAAUACAGGUUACUCGAAAUGGCUAUAGACAGAAAAUUUCAAUAUAUGAUCUUGUUGUUGGGGAUUUAGUGCAUUUGUCAAUUGGUGACCAAGUGCCAGCAGAUGGGCUAUUUGUAUCUGGCUUUUCAUUGCUUAUAAAUGAGUCAAGUCUAACAGGUGAGAGUGAACCUGUAACUGUGAACAAAGAGAAGCCAUUUUUCUUAUCAGGAACGAAGGUCCAAGAUGGUUCUGGCAAGAUGUUGGUAACAACAGUUGGCAUGAGAACUGGAUGGGGUAAAUUGAUGGCAACCCUGAGCGAAGGCGGUGAAGAUGAGACACCACUACAGGUCAAGCUCAAUGGUGUAGCAACAAUAAUUGGAAAGAUUGGAUUAUUUUUUGCCAUUAUUACAUUCUUGGUACUGACAAAGGGAUUAAUUGACAGGAAGAUCAUCAGUGGGCAAUAUACGAGCUGGUCUGGAGACAACUUUAUUGAGAUCUUAGAAUUCUUUGCAAUAGCAGUCACAAUUGUUGUGGUUGCAGUACCAGAGGGACUGCCUUUGGCAGUAACCUUAAGCCUUGCCUUUGCCAUGAAAAAGAUGAUGCAUGAUCGAUCGCUGGUGCGUCAUCUUGCAGCAUGUGAGACAAUGGGAUCUGCAACAUGCAUUUGUAGCGAUAAAACUGGGACUUUAACAACAAACCAUAUGACUGUUGUUAAGCUAUUUAUUUGUGGCAAUGCCAAGGAAAUUCAGAAUGCUGAGCAGGCUAAGAAAGUUAGAAAGGAAACAUCUGAGCAUGUGUCCAAAAUGUUAAUGCAGUCAAUAUUCCAAAAUACAAGUGGUGAGGUGGUGAUGGACAGGGAUGGAAGACGGGAUUGCAUAGGCUCACCAACAGAGGCUGCCCUUUUGGAAUUCGGCUUAAUGUUGGGUGGAGAUUUUGGUGGAUUGCGCAAAGAAUCUACAAUUAUCAAAGUGGAACCUUUCAAUUCACACAGAAAAACAAUGGCUGUUUUGCUGGAGCUUUCUGGGGGACGAUAUCAAUGUCAUUGUAAGGGUGCUGCAGAAAUUAUCUUGAAUAUGUGUGACAAGGUAUUAGAUUCAACUGGACAAGCUGUUCCACUUGAUGAAUUAACCAUGAACAGUCUAAUGAAUGUUAUUGAGGGUUUUGCUAAUGAGGCUUUACGAACACUGUGCCUUGCUUAUAUGGACAUAGGAGAUAAUUUUAAUCCCCAAAAUUCUCUUCCAGGACAUGGUUAUACAUUUAUAGCUAUUGUUGGUAUCAAGGAUCCAGUUCGUCCUGGUGUCAAGGAUGCUGUUCAAAUCUGUAAAGCUGCUGGAAUCACCGUACGAAUGGUUACUGGAGACAAUAUUAACACUGCAAAGGCAAUUGCCAGAGAGUGUGGCAUUUUGACUGAUGAUGGUUUGGCAAUUGAAGGUUCUGAUUUUCGUGGAAAGAGCUUAGAGGAGAUGAGAACGCUAAUUCCGAAAAUUCAGGUUAUGGCUAGAUCAUCCCCAUUAGACAAGCACACUUUGGUGAAACACUUGCGUACAAUGCUUGGUGAAGUUGUCGCAGUUACUGGUGAUGGCACAAAUGACGCACCAGCUUUGCAUGAAGCAGAUAUAGGGCUUGCCAUGGGCAUUGCUGGCACUGAGGUGGCAAAGGAGAGUGCAGAUGUGAUUAUUCUUGAUGAUAAUUUUUCCACAAUAGUGACAGUUGCCAAGUGGGGACGUUCAGUUUACAUAAACAUCCAAAAAUUUGUGCAAUUCCAAUUAACAGUUAAUGUGGUUGCCCUAAUUGUUAAUUUUUCAUCAGCAUGUGUUACAGGUACCACUCCCCUGACAGCAGUUCAGCUACUUUGGGUUAAUUUGAUCAUGGAUACUCUUGGAGCGUUGGCAUUGGCAACUGAGCCUCCACAUAAUGACUUGAUGAAAAGACAACCUGUUGGAAGAGGCCAAAGCUUUAUCAGUAAUGUUAUGUGGAGGAAUAUUUUCGGCCAAGUAGUAUAUCAGCUCUCUGUAAUGUGGACACUGCAAGUAGAAGGGAAAAAGCUAUUCAAGCUGGAUGGUCCAAAUGAAGAUUUAGUUCUAAACACGUUGAUAUUCAAUUCAUUUGUAUUCUGCCAGGUCUUUAAUGAAAUAAGCUCGAGAGAAAUGGAGAAGCUAAAUGUUUUCCAUGACAUCCUAAGAAAUUGGGUUUUCAUUGCUGUGUUGUCAUCCACGGUUGUGUUUCAAGUGAUAAUUAUUGAAUUUUUGGGUUCUUUGGCAAACACAACUCCACUCAGUUGGAACCAAUGGUUGGGUAGCAUACUAAUAGGCCUUUUCAGCAUGCCAGUUGCAAUGCUAGUUAAAAAAAUCCCUGUUUCUUUGAAUCGGCAGGUGGAAUCAAAAUUGAAAUUCGAAUAGAGAGAAAUUGUUAUCCCAGUUUUGUAUCAAGCAGUCUGCUCGUAUCCGAUGCAUGCCAGAUUUACUAUGGGGAAGACUGUGGUGCUGUAGCUGAUUUAUUCUUCUAAAAUGUUAUUGUGACAAUCACAAGUCCCUGCUUCAGAAAUGUGAUUAGCAUAGUUUACGUUUGUGUUUAAAUUUGAAUAUAUAUUCUCUGAUGGAAAGUCACAGUAAUUCCUUAGUACUAAUUAUCGAGUGUACAAUAUGAUAUAUCUGAUGUAUUUUUUCA